GCAUUGUAAAUAAAAAGGCAAAAAUCAACUUGAACCAAGAAUGCCGAUUGCCGGAGCUACUGUUUCAUCAAACUUAUAUCACAUUUCAUUACCUUUGUCAAUCGCUUUCGAGGUCUAAUUUUCGCGGUACGUGUUGGUCAUUAUCAGAAAAAAAUGUGUAAAGGGUAGAUUAAUGUAAAAUUGGCUUCAGACUUGGCAAAGAGUUAAACCUUACACGUUGCUUUACAAAUCAGAGAUUCAUGAAACAAUGAUUUCUGUAUUUCAACGGAAGGAAGCGUCGCAGUCGAAAUCUUGACAGACGUGGAAACAUUGUCGACAACGAUAAAUUUUAUAUUUCUAUUAUUUGCUAUAUAAGUAUGAUAACGGAGCAGUAUUUUACUCAUUAAGGAAUGUUAAACGUCUUUUGGCUGAUAACUAGAAACAGAAAUACAGCGGCACUUGGUCGCAUUUGGCAUGUUUGGGCACCACUUUGGUCAAGAGGCCUAAUCUUCGGGGAACAACAAAGAUGAUAUCAAUUUCGACACAACCAUCUUCGAUCAUUUCAGCUACGAUUUCAUCAACGAACUCGACAUGCAUCAACUCUAUGGACAGCGUGAUCCCGAACGAGGAUUGCAAAUACCUCACCAUCGCUGCCAUGGUGUUCGUCAUCGUCAGCAUCGUCGUCAUCGUCUUCGGUAUCGUAAUGAACAUGUGGCUCCUUGUCAUUCUCCUCUCCAAAGAUCGCAGACACAGGACGGUACCCGAUAUCCUCAUCGUCAACAUGACCGUCCUAGCCGUCAUCAUGUUCGUCUUCGUCGCUGGAGUCAACGUCGUUCUCUUUUCUCAGGAGGCUUUCCAAAUCAGGUUUUUCAGCAACCUGAAACUAGAUAAGGCUAUUUUGUAUUUUCAAGUGUUUAUUGCAUUGUCUUCAUUUACUACCCUCGUCGUGCUUGCUUUGGAUCGUUUCUUUGCGAUCGUUCAUCCUCUUUUAUCGAGACCAUACCGAACUAAGAGGAACGCCGUCAUAUGCUGUGUCUGCGUUUGGAUAGUGUGUGGAAUAAGUGUACUACCAAUCGUGAUCAAUGGUGGAACAAGACACGUCUUUGAGAACUAUAACAACCCUUCCUUCAAGCCAACUGUCAUCGUCUCAACCAUAUUCCUAUAUGGGCUAUCGAUUACCAUCUCUAUCGCUUGCUACGCCGCCAUUUUGAAAGUCCUUUGGCGCAACCCUUUCCAUGGACAAACUCACUGUGGAGAGCACAAUAAACCCAUCACAAGGCGUCGACGGAGGCAGCGAAUUCAAAUCCUGAAGACCGUCACCAUCAUCAUCACCAGCAACGUCGUCAUCUAUGGAUAUUUCUUCGGUGUGAUAUUGUGGAUUGCUUGCGGCGGUCAUACGCGCGUCAGUGCGUGGUUCGGUCACGCACUGUUAUAUUCCGCCAUUUUGGUGGCGUACUUGAACCCCUGUAUAAACCCAUGCGUCUAUGCCCUUCAUCAGAUGAGGAUCAGACGAUAUCUUUCUCGAAGAAAGUUGCGGAAGUUGCAAGCAUGGAGUGGUCGCCCGUUACCUAGUACCAGAUCGGAGAUACGAGCUCGUGAAGAAUAUGGCAGUUUCAUUUAAUGAAACUUGCUGGACACAACAGAUGCACUAUUUUUUGAGCAUCUGUCUGAGGAUGCGCUCUCUGAUUGAUUUGAUACCAUAUUGUAAACUCCUGAAGAAGACGGAGGACCAUUGAAAAUUCGAGUUAAUAAUAAAAACUUUAUUGGCAAGUA